AUGUACCCAUUUAUGAAUACAAGGAAGCCGAAUUCCAAGUCACCCAUGCUCAAAUUGAACACAAAUUUUGGUGCCAACGCCCAACCAACCACACAAAAGCCAAAUCCUUCUUUGUCUCUAAAUACCACUAAUCUAAAUAUCAACACCACCAGCUCUACCAAUGAUUCGAUACAAAGACAGUCGAUAAGUUUAUCGAUAUCUAAUGCCUACUCGCCUACAUUAUCCACAUCAUCCGACCAAAGUCCCAGUGUUUUCAGUAAUGCAAUUCUCGAAGAAAUUGGUGGCAGUAACUCCAAUGGUUCCCAAGAAGACUUCAGUAAUAGUAGCCCUGCCAGUCUAGAACAGCGGAUUCUGAGACCCAGUGUCGAUAAGCUCAGUCUGUCUAUGAGCAGCUUAUCCUUAGAUACCAAGGAAAGAAUGGAGCUUACCAACGGAUUGGUGGUUCCAAGGCUUAGAAAAAAUUUCUCUAAAAGUAUGGAGUUCGUGGUGAACAAAAGUUUGAACGAGUUGGAGGAAGAAGAUUGGAAGAAGUUGUCGAUUAGGAAUGAGAUUGUUGAGCUUACAAUAUUGGGAGAAGGUGCCGGGGGAUCGGUUUCUAAAUGUAAGUUGAGACAACAGGGAACGGUGUUUGCCUUGAAAACCAUUACUGCUGAUCCAAAUCCAGAGUUCCAGAAACAAAUUCUCAGGGAGCUUAAAUUCAAUAAAAGUUGUGAUAGUCCGUAUAUUGUCAAGUAUUUCGGGACUUUCCUAGAUGAGCAUCACUCAAGAAUUUGCAUCGCCAUGGAGUAUAUGGGAGGCAGAUCACUAGACGCCAUUUAUAAGAAGGUGAAAAAUAUGGGAGGAAGAAUUGGGGAAAAAGUGUUAGGGAAGGUGGCGGAAAGCGUUCUAAGAGGUUUAUCAUAUUUGCAUAGUAAAAAAAUCAUCCACAGAGACAUCAAGCCUCAAAACAUUUUGUUGAACGAGGCUGGGGAGGUCAAAUUAUGUGAUUUUGGGGUCAGUGGUGACGUUAUCAAUUCUUUGGCAUCGACUUUCACCGGCACAUCCUAUUACAUGGCCCCGGAGAGAAUAAAGGGUGAAUCAUACACUGUCACUUCUGACGUGUGGUCAUUGGGGUUGACGUUAUUGGAAGUGGCUAAGGGAAAGUUCCCUUAUAAUCGCGGAGAGUCAGAAAAUGAGGAAGAUGAUAAGACAGUACCAUUGAUGCCAAUAGAGUUAUUGAGUGCUAUCUUGACAUUUACUCCAGAGCUCAACGAUGAGCCGGAGAAGAAAAUCAAGUGGUCGAAAGCGUUCAGAUCAUUCAUUGAUUACUGUUUAAUUAGAGAUCCAAUGUCAAGAGCCAGUCCAAGACAGAUGUUGGAGCAUCCUUGGAUUAUUGGGCAGAUGAAAAAGACAGUUAAGAUGGAUAAAUUUGUUACUGAAUGUUGGGCAGAUGAAAAUAAUAAUUGA